UAUGGCCCAAUGGCAUGUCUUGAUUGCUCCCAUGAUGUGAACUUCAUUAUCCUACUCUCCCUUUGCUUGCUUCUCCUAUUAUUUCUUGCUUGCUCCUCUAGUCCUUUAGCAAAAAAACAUUAUUAAUCCUCAACGAUAUGUCGAGUGAGAGAGGGAAGGAUAUAGCCGAAGGAUCAUCGACGAUUAAUGAUCCUGGUUCCGAUCAGCAGCAACCGCCGACACCAAGCCGAUACGAGUCGCAGAAGCGAAGGGACUGGAAUACUUUCGGGCAGUACUUGAAGAACCAGCGUCCCCCGGUUCCGCUAUCACAGUGCAAUUCGAACCAUGUGCUAGACUUCCUUCGAUACCUGGAUCAGUUCGGGAAGACCAAGGUUCACCUCCAAGGUUGCAUGUUCUAUGGACAGCCUGAGCCGCCUGCUCCUUGCACUUGUCCCGUUAAACAAGCUUGGGGCAGCCUCGAUGCUCUUAUCGGUCGGCUUCGAGCUGCCUACGAAGAAAACGGAGGUUCACCGGAGACCAACCCUUUCGCCACCGCUGCUAUUCGAGUUUUUCUAAGGGAAGUGAGGGAGUGUCAAGCCAAGGCUAGAGGAAUCCCUUAUAAGAAACACAAGAAGAAGCCAUGAACACUUGUCUUAAUUCGUUUGUUUUCUUCUCCAUUUUCCAUAAAUUUCAGUUGAGUAUAUCACCUUCACUUUAGAAUGCUGGAUCUGCAAU